AUGAUGGCUUUACAAGAUAACGAAAUUCGUCUUCUUCUUGUUAAUGAGUUAUAUUCGCCAGGAGAACGCCCUCAAAUGACCUUCAAAGUCGUAUCAUUGAACAACCCUCCACCAUUUGUCGCGCUUUCUUAUGUCUGGGGCGAUUUAGCAGACACCCUACCACUAGGUGUCGGUGAACAUAUUAUCACAGCAACUAGAAACCUUCAUCAUGCACUAGAAUCCCUCACCGUAUCCAAAAAAUACCAGGCGUUGUGGAUCGACGCUCUCUGCAUCAACCAAGAUGACUUUGAAGAGCGGGCGUCGCAAGUAGCAAUGAUGGGAGAUAUCUACUCACGUGCGGAGUAUGUAUUGGCAUUUCUAUCCCCUCAAUCGGAUCCUUUCAACAUGGGACUGGAUUUUAUGGAGAAAACUGCACAGAAUCCCGAAAUGCACUUCGACCCGUCUCUGUCACCUCAUCUGACAGUCGAUGCACCUCGCCUGGCAGCCUUUGGGCUAACUGCCAGUGAUCCAAUUCUUCAAAGAUCCAUCAUCGACUUCUUCGGUACUCCAUGGUUCACGAGAGUCUGGACCGUACAGGAGUUUCUACUAGCUCGAAAGGUCAUAUUUCGCUGUGGCAAACGUACGAUCGAUGCGGAAGUCGUCAAGAAAUGUUGCAGAAGUUGGAUUGAUCAUUCGAAAACGUGUUGCUGGAGCGGGGAUCAACCUCGCCACGGUAAUACCCAUGGCUUCAUCGAUACCACCUGGGACAACAGCAGUAAUCUGACACUUUAUACCGCCACGUUACGAAUGAAACCUCUCAUGGAUAUGAGCAGUCGUGGUCGUUUGCAUAGUAUUGAUUUCCUGGCCGCAAUCUCACUUUUCCGAAUACGGCAAUGCUCGGAUCCGCGGGAUAGGAUAUAUGGCUUUGCUGGGUUGUAUCUUUCAGGCAUCGAUAUCAAAAGAGAACUGCAGGUUGACUAUCAAGUUUCAACAGCCCUACUAUUCAGAAAUCUCGCCGCUACCUUGAUCGAGAAGUCUCAAACUCUGGACGUAUUAAGCCAUGUACUACACGAAUCCCGCAUUGACAAACGUGUGCCAGGGUUACCGAGCUGGGUUCCUGAUUGGAAUGCAACGAUGAAUGGCCGCCAGCAUUUGCUGUACACGGAUCGAGCCGAUAGGAUUCGCCGUUGCCAUGCCUCUGGAGAUUUAGGACCAGGAUGGGCGUUCAGCGCAUCUGGAAACGUCUUAAUUCGCGGCUUACAAAUCGGUAAAGUCAAAGCCAUUGCGCCUGGAUACCCUUCAAGUAGUAAAAAUUCAACAUUUGGAGGUAAAGAAACCAUCGACUCAUGGCGCCGCCUCGCUGGCUUGUUCGAAACCCUGCCUUUGGAGGAGGGCAUCCAGGACAGCCAAGAUAUUGCCUUCCAGAAUGCACUAAGCGGUGGUUUCACAUGGGCAAAUGAAUCCGUUGAUUACCCAGACGCGUACAAGUCAUGGUUAGAAUGGUUCACAUCCACUAAUCCAGGUAGCUUGCCAGUUGCGUGCAAGGAAAUUACUCAAGAGUUCGAUGACUUGAUGCAUCAGACGAGUAUGCAUAGAUGCUUUAUACUCACGGACAAUGGGGAAUUGGGUUUUGGACCUGAGACGACGGUAGAGGGCGAUGCGAUAGUCAUUCUACCAGGAGGAAAGGUACCAUAUGUUUUGAGGCAAGUGGAGGUUGCCUGUCAAGGCACGAUAACAUACCGACUACUAGGCGAUGCCUACAUUAAUGGCGCGAUGGCGGGAGAAAAGGCCCGUUCAGGAAUGUCGGGUUUUGAGGAUAUGUUUCUUGCAUAA